CCUCUUUACCUUUGACCUCAUUCACCCGCAGAAAUGUGAAAUGGCUGCUGAUUGGUCAAAAUAUUUUCCCUACACCAAUCAGACGAGUUGUUUUAUUUUUUACAGCUCACUAUCCAAGAUGGCGGACGACAAGGAGAACAAAAAGAUCGGACUGAAGACCACGCUUGAUAUGGUGGUGGAAGGAUGCCGCCUUCCCGUGAAAAUGAGCAUUCUGCCGAACGAAGAAGAAGAGUGGCCACUUGCAGAAAUUCUCAGCCGGAAGGAAGAAAAGGGGAAGCUGGAAUUCUAUGUCCACUACAUUGACUUUAACAAACGUCUGGAUGAGUGGGUGCUCCCAGACAGACUACGGGUGGAAGAACUCCAGUUUCCCAGGAAGGACCAGAAAACACCCCAGAAGCAGACGUCAUCUGCAGCCAACUCUCGCCCCACCACCCCUGAUCGGGAACUCCAGGAAAAGAAGACCACAGUUGACCGAUCAGAGUCAGACAGUCCAAGUCCUUCCUUGCUCUCCAAGAAGUUAAGCCUCCCAGAGCAGACCAGCUCUCCUGCUGCCAAGCUAGGAGGGCAGGGGCAAACUCCACAGUCACAGACGAAGUCCAAUGCAGGCAGGAAGAGGAAGGCAAUAUUCCUUGAUGAGAAGCAGGACUUACCGCCUGCAUACUGCAACUCUUUGUCAUCACAGGACUCCCAGGAUGCUCCAGCCACGCCCCAGCCCAGUGCCCCUCCGCAGCAGCCACGCCAAACCGGCAGCAUGUCAUCCUCACAUGAUGAAAACAUCAUCACGCGCAUCAAGAACAUCGAGACAAUAGAGCUGGGCAAGUACCGCAUCAAACCGUGGUACUUCUCUCCUUACCCACCGGAGCUGACCACCAUCUCCAUUGUGUUCAUAUGUGAGUUCUGUCUGAAGUACGUGAAGAGUAGGAAGUGCCUGGAGAGACACAGAACAAAGUGUACCUUGAGACACCCACCUGGGAAUGAGAUCUACAGAAAAAGCACCAUCUCCUUCUUUGAGAUCGAUGGAAGAAAAAACAAGAUGUACUCCCAGAACCUCUGUCUUCUUGCCAAACUGUUCCUGGACCACAAGACUCUGUACUACGACACAGAUCCUUUCCUCUUCUACGUCAUGACAGAGUAUGACAUCAAGGGUUUUCACAUUGUCGGCUUCUUUUCUAAGGAGAAAGAGUCUACAGAAGACUACAAUGUAGCCUGUAUAUUGACCUUGCCACCAUAUCAGAGAAAAGGAUAUGGAAAGCUUCUUAUAGAAUUCAGCUAUGAGCUGUCCAAGUUUGAAGGGAAGACGGGCUCUCCUGAGAAGCCCCUGUCUGACCUGGGCCUGCUGUCCUACAGGAGCUACUGGUCACAGACCAUUCUGGAGAUACUCGUCAACCUCAAGCCUGAGAACGGCGAGAGGCCACAGGUCACCAUCAAUGAGAUCUGUGAGCUGACCAGCAUCCGUAAGGAGGACGUCAUCUCCACCCUACAGCACCUGAACCUCAUCAACUACUACAAGGGACAGUACAUCAUCACACUGUCCCAGGAGAGCAUCGACACUCACAACCGCGCCAUGGCCAAGAGGAAAAUCAGGAUCGAUGCAAAAUGUUUGCACUGGACACCUAAAGACUGGGCUAAACGGGGAAAGUGGUAGAAUAAAUACAAAACAAGAAUGUCUACAGUGGACACUUUAAGACCAAAACACCAAGGAAUUGUGGUUAAGGCACCUGAAAAUGGCUUGCAUUAGAUGUCACACUUAACAUGCGUCACAAAAUAAAACCAUUGACAGGGAUGUAGCCAUUGAUGUGACUAAUUUU